GGGGCUUCCGGCAGGUGAGGGAGACACGUGGUGGACGCCGCAGCGACUGCCACAGCUGGGCCCGCAUCCGCGGUGCAGGAAAGCACGGGGUGGGGGCAGAAUCGCGCGCACACGCGUGUGUGGUGAGCUGUCAGACCAUGAAGAUCAACCAGAACACGGUGCUGCAAGGGAAGAAGGUGGCAUUGGUGCCAUAUACCGCUGCCCAUGUGCCCCGGUACCACGAGUGGAUGAAAUCGGUGGAGCUCCAGCGGCUGACUGCUUCUGAACCACUGAGCCUAGAACAGGAGUAUGAGAUGCAGCGCAGCUGGCGGGAGGAUGCAGACAAAUGCACGUUCAUUGUGCUGGAUACAGAGAGGUGGUCCGGACAGGCUGGCAUGGAUGAGGACUGCAUGGUCGGGGACGUGAAUCUCUUUCUCACGGACUUUGACGAUCUGGCUUUGGGAGAGAUUGAAGUCAUGAUUGCAGAGCCCUGCUACCGCGGCAGAGGGUUUGGCAAGGAGGCCACUCUGAUGAUGAUGUUCUACGGGGUGACAAAACUGGGAAUCACCAAAUUUGAGGCUAAGAUUGGCCAGGAAAACAAAGCUAGCACCAGCAUGUUCAGGAAGCUUCAUUUCAAGGAGGUUGCUGUGAACAGCAUCUUUGAGGAGGUGACAUUGAGACUGGAUGUGAGUGAGCAGGAGAAACACUGGCUCUUGGAGCAGACAGGCCACGUGGAGGAGAAAAGCUACAGGGAUAUGAAGCUGCAGAACCUGGCCUCUGAAAGCUGAUGGCUGUCCUGGAAGGAACGAUGCAUGCACAUGUUAGCUUUCCAAGAAGGAGCUGUUUGACAGUGUCACCAAGGGUGUGGAUGGCAAAUGUCUGUGCAUCAUUAGUAGAUCAAACAACAAACUUCAGCUGCUUUGCUGCUGCUCUAGGUACCCGGGGUACCACAGAGCAUGGCUGACUUUCCACUGCAGCCCCAAUACAAUGCCUGCAGGAGAAUUCCUUCAGAGUACAGCCCAAAAACUGGAUGAACACGUGCUAAUAAGAAAGCACACAAAUACAGCUCAGCUGGGAAGGGUCCUUUUAGCCUCAAAACAUCCUGUUUCUACUCUCAGGGUCUAAACAUUUUAUCACCAAAUUAAUUACUGGGUGAGCAGAGUAGUCUACAAAUACCACCAGUGUUAGCAGUGGUGUUCAGCAUCACAACAGCAGGAUAGUCUGGCCUGCUUUCUCUUGAAUAAAAUUUGAUAUGAGUAUGACAUGCUGUAGCUUGACCUGGUCAGGCAUGUUGCUCAGCUGCUACCUUUGGUUGUAAAAUGCUGGUCAGCAGCAGUGGGGAAGGGAAUAGGCUGGGGAAGGAGGGACGGGGAAAAGAAUUAUUCUGAGUACCUCAGACAUGAGUUGGUGGGAGUGUCAGCAGGUCUGUUAGAUCAGUACUUAUUACUGCAAAUUCUUCAGGUGCCUCAUGGCUUGUAUGUUAGGCUUCCACCUUGCCUUUUAGGCUUAAUCCUUGGGAACCGCCAUUUCUAGCUACCUCCCCACUAAGCUGUGGGAAUGGGGCUGUAAAGCCAGAGCCCCAUUGCUUAGCAUGAGCACAGCUUCAUGAGAGAGGCUGGUACAAUUAAAAUAUUAAGGGCCCCAUCCUGAGGUGCUGAGUAUCCUUCAUGGCUGCUGAGGUGAAUCUGAGGGUGAAGUUGCAUGUCGCACUUAGACCAUACUAAAUCUGUCGAAUGUUAAGUGGAGUUAAAGUUAGAACAUGCAGUGAGCAGUCACAUGUUUAGGGUUAAUACCAUUUUUUGCCUGCACAGCCCUGACUUAACCACUAUAGGGCUAGGGAGCCAGGGAUAUGGUCAGGACCCAGAAUAACUUGACCCUAUACAGUAUAUUUGCAGUACAGUGCAUUGCAGUGAAAUGCAGUGAAUUUUGGGAUGCUGGAGGACUGCAAAUCACUCAUUUUAUCUCCAUGGAGCUGACUGAAGUUACUGUAAUGUGAACUUGGUAGCAUGGCCAAGAGUUAGCCCUCGCCUGGAGUGGUGUAACUUUGAGACAUUUAAGGCUCUUAUACACAUGCAUGGAGCCUGCUUCAGUGCACUGGAAAUCCCGCACAUUGAAGCACACUUGAUUAAUCAAGUCUGCUGGAGCACGAAAAUUGAUGUGCUCCGGUAAUCUUCCACAUCACGUGUAUCAGCAUCCCCGUGCUGCAAAAAUGGCGGUGAGGUGCUUUGAAAUAAAACGUGUUCAAUGAGCUUUAGUUCAAAGCUCCCCGCUGCAAUUUUUUCAGUGUGGGGACAU